AUGCUCCAUUUCAUUGGAGUUUUGCCUCAUCGCAAGCUAAGAGAUUUUGUAAAUAAAUAUGGUCCUUUUAUGUACUUACAACUCAGCCAAAUUCCAACUGUUAUCAUUUCUUCACCUGAAGCCGCUCAAAAAGUGAUGAAAAAUCAUGAUGCUAACUUUGCUCAAACGCCUGCUGUUCUUGUUGCAAAUAUUAUAGCUUAUGGUUGCACAGACAUUGUAUCAAUCCGGGAAGAGGAGGUGUCCAAUCUUGUUCGAUGGAUUUCUUCAAGGGCAGGAAGAACGAUUAAUCUUAGCAGAGAAAUCUUUUCGAUGACGUUUGGCAUCACGACGAGAGCGGCGUUUGGAGGAAAAAUGAAAGAUCAAGAGGCAUUCUUAUGUGCUAUUGAAGAGGGUAUAGAUUUGGCAGGAGGUUUCACUGCGGCUAAUGUGUUUCCUUCCUUCGAAUUUAUUGACUCAAUCAGUGGGGUAAAGAGUAAAAUUAAGGAGAUUCAUGACAUAGUUGAUAGAUUGUUUGACGCCAUUAUCAAUAAGCAUAAAAGUAGAAGGGCAAUAAAGAAGACAAAUGAUCGUGAAGAAGAUGAUGAUCAUAAAGAUUUCUUAGACGUUCUUUUGAACUUGCAGAAUAAUGGAGACCAUGAAUUUACCUUAAGUAAUGACAACAUCAAAGCAGUCAUCAUGGACGUAUUCACUGCUGGGAGUUGA